AUGUUGCGCGGCACACAGAGCAAUUCUGUCCCGUCCAAAUGGAACGACUUGCUACAGUCGAGCCAGGGCAAGCCACUGAAGUUGGAGGUGGCCUACCCCUCCUUCCAUGUGCCUGACUACACAAAACAUGUUCACAGCCUGGUAGGGCGGCUAUGGGCGUAUGAUAACGUAUCGGGUAUGUUGGUCCUGGAGACGGGCCAGGCUCCGCCUCUGCCCACGGCGCUCCGCAAUUCGCCCGUGUCCGCCGUGUACGAGGCAGGCACAGGCCGUGCACCCACGUCUGGCUCGCUGUCCGGCUUCAAGAUGAUUUGCGUAUCUGAAAUCUCCCAGGCCGAUGUCUUGUCGGAAGAGGCCUUUGCCAAGGCGCUGCCAGACGCGCCGGCGCAGCUCACCGUGGUGCCCUCUAUCCCGCCCGCCGUCCUUGCGGCGCGAGAAGCAAACGCUAUCAAGAAGUGCGAAGAACGUACGCACCAACUUGGCCCCCGUGAAGCUGGCGUGCUAGGCCAGGCUGUAUUCGAUGCGCUCAACAAAACCCUUCCUUGUCGAUGGCACGAGGCUCAUAUUAUUGUUUUGGACGAGGUCAUUAUUUCAGGACCAGCCUAUGACAAGUCGUCUACUUAUGUGCCCAACCUCUCAGGUGAACAGAUUGAGCGUCUGUUGAACGAAGGCGGCGAGUCGGAUAUUGCUCCUACAGUGGAUCGCGCUGCUGCCAAGGCGGUCACAUGGCAGCGCGUUGUAAAAGUGCUUGAAGGCGUUCGCAGCAAGUUGCUUGUCAGCGAUAUGUAG